AUGGAGACUGAAGCUGAGAAAAAUAUUGAGAUCUGGAAGGUCAAGAAAUUGAUUAAGUCCUUAGAACAAGCGAGAGGUAAUGGUACUUCGAUGAUUUCCUUGGUUAUUCCACCAAAGGGUCAAAUCGCUCUUUAUCAAAAGAUGUUGACUGAUGAAUAUGGUACUGCAUCUAAUAUCAAAUCCAGAGUUAACCGUUUAUCUGUUCUUUCUGCAAUUACAUCCACUCAACAGAAAUUGAAAUUAUACAAUAGAGUUCCACCAAAUGGUCUAGUUCUGUACUGUGGUGAUAUUAUCACUGAGGAAGGUAAAGAAAAGAAAGUUACUUUUGACAUUGAACCAUACAAGCCUAUCAAUACUUCUCUAUAUCUGUGUGAUAACAAAUUUCACACUGAAGUGCUAUCGGAAUUGCUAGAAGCCGAUGAUAAAUUUGGUUUCAUUGUUAUGGAUGGUCAAGGUACCUUAUUCGGUUUGCUGUCUGGUAACACAAGAAACGUUUUACAUAAAUUCACAGUUGAUUUGCCCAAGAAGCACGGUAGAGGUGGUCAAUCUGCCGUUCGUUUUGCCCGUUUGAGAGAAGAGAAAAGACACAACUAUGUGAGGAAAGUUUCUGAAGUUGCAGUGCAAAAUUUCAUCACAAACGAUAAGAUUAACGUUAAGGGUUUAAUCUUGGCAGGUUCUGCAGAUUUCAAAACCGACCUGGCCAAAUCUGAAAUGUUCGACCAAAGAUUGGCUUCCAAGGUUAUAAAAAUUGUCGAUAUCUCCUAUGGUGGUGAAAACGGUUUCAAUCAAGCAAUUGAAUUAUCUGCUGAGACUUUGGCGAACGUUAAGUUUGUACAGGAGAAAAAGUUGCUAACGGACUACUUCGACGAAAUUUCCAGGGACACUGGUAAGUUCUGUUACGGUAUUGAGGACACAUUAAAGGCUUUGGAUCUUGGUGCGGUAGAGACACUAAUCGUUUUCGAAAAUCUUGAGACUAUAAGAUAUGUUUACAAAGAUGCUGAAAACAAAGAAGUAGUAAAAUUCGCACAGCCGGAAAAAGAAGACAACACAUUGGCCAUCGACAAAGCUACAGGGCAAGAAAUGGACACCGUAGAUGAACAACCUCUAAUUGAGUGGUUGGCAGAGAACUACAAGAACUAUGGUGCUACAUUGGAAUUCAUCACUGAUAAAUCUUCCGAAGGUGCUCAGUUCGUUACAGGUUUCGGUGGUCUAGGGGCUAUUUUGCGUUAUAAGGUUAAUUUCGAACAACUGGUUGAAGAAUCUGAUGAUGAAUACUACGAUGAUGAUGCUGGAUCUGAUUAUGACUUCAUCUAA